AUGCUUAUUGAUGAGCCUGAUGUUGAAGAGCCAGUUCCUGAAGAUGAUGUUGAAGCUAAAGCUGAGACUGAAGCUGAAGCUAAUAUUGAAAUUGAUGUUCGUUUAUCGCCUAAUUCUCAGAGUUUGCUGAAGAAUUUGAAGGCAUUUAAUGCAAAGAAAGAUAAAGCUGUUGUUGAUGCUCAGAAAGAAAAAGUUGUUGAAGAUAUAGAAGGUGAUGAUGUGAACAAAAGCACUACAAGCUCUUCUAGUUCUUCGGAAGAUGAAGUUGAUGAAACCGAAUGUUUGAAAAGAAUUCAAGAAGAGACAGAGAAAGAGAAACAAUUGAGAAAUAGAAAGAGACAGGAGAAGGAUGAUGCUGCAUAUAUUCCAUCUCCUGAGCAUGUAUCUGAAUCUCAAUCGCCUUCAGGUGGAAGGAAGAAAGCUGGUGCUCGCAAAAGGAUUGUUUCUCCUAAGAUCAAGAAGGUUACCCCCAAGAUCAAGAAGCCUACAAAGAUUGUUCUGAAGAAGAAACCUUCCCAAGAAUCAAGAAAACCACCAUCACCACCACCUGAACCAAUACCACAUCAAUCUCUUAUACACUCACCACCUUACCAAUCACCUCCUAAACAACCAACACCACCAAGACAACCUUCACCAUUCCAUCUCACACCACCUCAUUCACCACAACAAAUUCAUACCAUUACUCCACCACAAGAAACAACCUUACUUACAUCUCAACCAAUCUUCCAAACACCACCACCUUCACAACCACUUAUUCAAACCACACCUGGUUCUUCGGGGUAUAAAGGUUUUCCACCCGUCCUCCGAACUUGA